GGUGUGGAAUCAUUUCAGGCCUUCUAGUGUUUCCCUCAUAGCUUGGCUUUCACACCUCCCAUUCUUCUGCUGCCUCUGGUUCACACAAACGCCCGGGCGCCACUCUGUAUUCUGCCAAAGACGCCCAAAGACGCACGGCGAUGGCCUCCAUGGGGUUGCAGAUGGCCGGUUGCGCCUUGGCACUCUUCGGUUGGAUUGGGGUUCUCAUCGUCUGCGCCGCGCCCAUGUGGCGGGUCACGGCGUUCAUCGGCAACAACAUUGUGACCUCGCAGAUCAUGUGGGAGGGCAUCUGGAUGAGCUGCGUGGUGCAGAACACCGGCCAGAUGCAGUGCAAGGUGUACGACUCCAUGCUGGCGUUGAGCAAUGACCUUCAGGGCGCCAGAGCUUUGGUGGUGGUUUCCAUCGUCGUCGGCAUUGUGGGACUCCUGAUUGCUUUUGUCGGGGGAAAAUGCACAAACUUCAUUCCGGAGGAGAAGGCCAAGGCCAGGGCCUCGGCGGCUGCAGGAGCCAUCCUGAUCGUCAGCGGAGUCCUCUGCCUCGUUCCCGUUUCCUGGACGGCCAGCAUCAUCAUCCAGGACUUCUACAACCCUCUGGUGGUGGAGGCGCAGAAACGAGAGAUCGGGGCGUCUCUGUACAUCGGCUGGGGCGCCGCGGCGCUGCUCAUCCUGGGAGGGGGGUUUCUGUGCGCCAGCUGCCCCCCAAAAGAGGAAAACGCCCCCUCUGUGAAGUAUCUGCUGAACAGAUCGGGAGGAAACAGCCAAGGAGAAUCAUAUCGAUCAUCCUCACCGACGAAGACGUAUAUUUGAGACGACCCGGAAUUCGGACUGCAAAAACACAAAAUCUGACCAAAUACUUUUGGUCUAGUUUCUACUGGAAAUAUCUCGAUACACUUUAAAUAGGA